AGGCAAUAACGUAUCAUUCAGUUCAGUGAUGUACAAAUUGAAAAGAUUCAGGUUAGUUAUCCGCUAUUCAAUUUUGGUACUCUUGUUUGUAACUAUUUUCUAUCACACCUAUCUUUUCGAUACAAUUACUGUAGAACAGACAACGGGAGGGGAGAACAAGUCACCAAAUUAUCUGACUUGGGACAAAAAUUCGAAUUCAAAAAAUGAGUCACCAAAUAAGAUAAAUGAACAACCUCAUGUUGGUGAAAAUGUACCAUUUAACCAUGGAAUUCAUAUUGCUAAUGAACAGAAUCAAAAUGAACAUGAAGUCUUCAAUGAGUCAACACCCGAUGGAAAACAUAAGAUUAAUGCUGAAAAACUUGUUGAUAAAAACAAUAAGACCAAACCGAAAAAUGUUUAUUUUGCAAAAACACACAAAGCAGCGAGUACCACAAUUCAAAAUCUUCUUUUCAGGUAUGGAGAAAAAUAUAAUCUGACAUUUGCGAUGCCUUGGAAUAUUCAUCGCGCUGGAUACCCGAAUCAUUUCACUCCUGACGUCAUUAUGCCUUUAGCAAAGGGAUAUAAUGAAUAUAAUGUUUUCUGUCACCAUACUCGAUUCCACCCAAGAGUUUUAGACUUCAUGCCUCAUGACACGCUUUAUAUAGGAGCAGUACGCAGUGUAGAGAAACAGUUUCUCUCUGGUUAUGUGUAUCAUAGAUUUUAUAAUUGUUAUGGAAUGGAAAAUAAAAAUAUUACUCAAGUUCUUGAGGUAAUGCAAGAGUAUAAACAUGGCCUGCAGUGUUCAAAUUGGAAUGUCUCCAGUCAAAGUGAACAAAUGUUUGAUUUUGGACUUCAAAUUGAAGACAUGUCAAACAUAACUAUGAUCAAGGAUUACAUACAUUAUUUAGACAGUGUUUUUGAUUUCAUAUUUGUCGCUGAUUAUUUCUAUGAAAGUCUGGUUUUGCUGGCAGAUAUUC